GGGAUAUGCAAGCCAUAAAUCUCUCUUUGCCUCUUGCGCAAGCCUUGCCGGUGUGUCCUUCCAGGCGCAUUAUAUGCAGCUCAGCGCCACGCAAAUCGAGUUCAGAAUUCAAUAUGACACGAUAAAGGGACCAUGUAUGAAGGCCCCGCAGGCGACCAUCAAGUUCCGCUGGGGUCCAGAAGAUGAAAACGCGACAGUCAGGAGGCCAUGUAAUGAGGACCCGGAUCCGAUCGUGGGGCACUCGGAUGCAGAGGUUCCGCUGGGUUCCAGAAGAUGAAAACGCGAGGUUCAGGAGGCAGUGUGUCAAUGGCCCGGAGCAUGCGAUCGUCGAGAGUGCGAGGCUUCGGAUGGAACAUGGCUACAUGCUGGAAUCUGCGAACGUCAGCCGUGCCUUUCGCUGUCCCAAUCCCAAUGCCUGCUUUGGUGGAGAGGUAACACCGGACUCCUUCAGCAUGUGCUCUCCUGGCUACGAGGGCCGGGGCUGCGCACAGUGCAGUAGCUCGCACGGGCCUGCAGAUGACUCAGCCCAUCUUUGCAUGAAGUGCGCGACACAGCGGCGGGAUCAGCUAUUCCAGAUGGCCCAGUUCAUACUUCAGGAUGUGCUGGUUUUCCUGGUGUCAGCGUCCGGGGUGACAAAGGCGACGGGGAACACCAAGGAGAGCAGCGUCUUCACUAACCAGUUCAUGUCAUUCGUGGCGGUGGCGUCUCCGGUACUUCACACGGUGCGCCAGUCCCGGACCUUUCUCCACACGACGGCGGAGCUCAGCGCUUGGCUCCUGGAGGGGGCCUCGGUGUUGGACCUGGGCAACGCAGACUCCACAGACGGAGGCAUUUGCACCAGUUGUCUUCUAGGCUACAUGGGGCUUCCAGUGACCUCAAUCACUCGAAUUUCGCUACUGCUUCUGACACCGGUGUGCUCGGUUGUAGCUUUGGCCCUCAUCCAGAACAUACGCCUUGCAAUGGUGGUGGGCGUCAAUUGCUUUCUGCCGAAGAUCUGCAUGUGCUUUGGGCGAUACUUGGUUUGCUACCGGAUGGAGCCUGCAGACAGCGGCGGAGAGUUGUUCUGCGAGCACGCAAAGGCUGGCCUUUCCCCCACGGCCUUGUGGGCCAUUGUGGCUGCCCUGGCUUUUGCCGGACCGGCGCUCUGGAUGCGCCUGAUCAAUGACAAGUCGAACAUCGAUACUGGGUACUACCUCUACUUGACCUCUGCGUACAAGGAUGAGUUCAAGUGGUGGGAGGUGACGCGCUUGGUGCGCAAGACGCUUUUGGCCAUCGUGUGCGCGGUCUUCCCCCUCACUUUGCACCCAGUGACAGAGAUCUUUUGCAUUAGCUUGAUCUUGAUCGUUGCGACGGUCCUGGAGAUGCAAGCGAAGCCCUACAAGAAAGCCAACUGGAAUCGCUCGGAGAAGUGUUUGUUGAUUACAAGUAUGUUUACUGUGAACUUUGCCAUCUACCAGCUGGCUUUGGAUUUCAAAGGCGGCGAAUUUCUGGACCGAUGUUUGAUGCUGGCGAUCAUUUCGCUCGCCCUGGUGCCUGCAUAUAUCCAGCUCUCGCUGAUCCUCAGAGAGCUUGUGCGUGAGAGAUUUGGGCGAGAAGAUCGGCUGAGAUCACGGCCUGAUGCCUCUGACACUGAUGAAUGACAGCGAUGGCUUGCAGCGGUGAGUUC